AUAGGUACAAAAAAUAUAUCCUUAAACAAUAGUGAUACCGCGGUAUAGACAGACGUUUAUACUAUAUGACAACCAUUUAAUAAUAAAUAUAAUAUUCUUUAUAAAAUUCGUAAACCUGGAAAAAAAGUUGCAAUAUAAAUAGCAAUUUUUAUAUCCAUAUAUUGAUAGGUACAACACCGAAUAUUUAAUUGUAUAUAUCUACACUUGCAUGUGAUUAAUGUAGACUAAUAUAUUUUCCAUUUUCAUACAAGGACGUUUAUCAUUCAUUGAAAUGGCCUUGUCGGAUCAUCAUAAAAAAUCAAAAAUCUUUAUGCUGAUAUACAGACUAUCAGGAGGAGCUAUCAAUGCUCAAUUCAUCGUCACGGUGAUUGCGGCACUGGGAGCGAUAGCCAACGGUACCAUACUUGGGUGGUCGUCACCGGCUCAAAGCAUGUUCGAAUCGGACGAAUCGCUGUUGCCGUUUGACGUUACUCUAAAUGACGCCCAAACGUUCAGCUCAGUGUUCGGCAUCGGUGCGGCCCUGGGAGCACUUCCGGCAGGAUACGUGUCCAGGGUGUUCGGUCGGGUGACCAGUAUGAUGCUGUUCGAGGGAUUCCUGUUAGUCGGCUGGAUCAUGCUGAUAUUUCCCACUGCCGUUUGGUUGCUGUCCGCCGGCCGGAUGAUUCAGGGUAUCGGAGCGGGUGCUCUAUGCGCCGUCAUACCGUCGUAUGUCGGCGAGAUAGCUGAACCCCGGAUGAGAGGUCGUCUGGGAACGAUAUUCCAAUUAUUCAUAGUCACCGGAAUACUAUUUUCGUACACGACAGGCGCGUUUAUGAACUACGUGCCGUAUUGCAUUGCUUGCGCUUUUUGGGUGAUUUUACAUUUUGUCGGCGUCCUGUGCAUACCCGAAUCGCCAUACCAUCUUAUGAACAUCAAUGAUCUCGAUCGAGCGGCCGCUUCGCUGCAGAUACUUCGAGACUCGUCGGACACGACUGAAGAAUUGGCAUCCAUCAAGUUAUUUGUCGAAAAGCAGCAAUCACAAAGUUAUACGGUGUUGGAAGUUCUGUCUGACAAAAUUAAUCGCAAAGCCCUGUUGAUCAGUAUUGGAUGCAUGUUUUUCCAGCAAAUGAGUGGUAUAAACGUGGUGAUAUUCUACAUGGCCGAUAUAUUUAAAUCGACCGGCAGCAAUAUGAGUCCGAAUGCAUGCACUAUAAUCGUCGGUGUCGUACAGCUUAUCAUGACGGUCGUAUCUUUUACGAUCAUUGACAAAAGUGGUCGAAAAGCAUUACUCGUGAUCUCGGCAUUACUAAUGGUAAACUGCUAUGCUGGUUUGGGUGGAUUUUUCUUAAUCAAAACUCAUUAUCUAGAACUCGCAUCAAAACUCAACUGGCUGCCCCUAGUGUGCAUCGCUGUGUACAUAUCGGCGUUUUCCAUCGGUUACGGUCCUGUGCCUUGGAUAAUGAUGGGUGAAAUAUAUUCGUCGGAGGUGAAGCCGAUCGGCACGAGUCUGACUACCUGUACCAACUGGACGUUAGUGUUUGUGGUCACGUAUGUGUCUACCGAACUAACUCGCUGGCUGGGCCAGGCCGGUUGCUUCCUAACAUUCAGUGUGUUUUGCUUGAUGGGAGCAGCGUUUGCAGCGUUCAUCGUACCGGAAACGAAAAACAAGACGUUGGCUGAAAUACAACUGAAACUCGUUGGAAAGUCUGAGGUGCUUCCAAGGGCGGUCAAUGUUGUGGAGGCUGCGGAGCACGAGGCAGUUCAAACUACCACCACGUUUUCAUAAACCUACGUUUGGAUUUUGGUCGAAGUUUUUCAAUGAGAUUUUCAGUACUUGUAAUCAAUAUAUUCCAUACAUAAUAUAACAAACCGUAACGAACAUUUGAAUUAUAUUCUUAUGUUUAAGGUUAUUUUUUAUUUUUUCGUUUUAAGUACAAUUGAAGAAUAUUAGAGUUAUACAACAUAUUUUUUUUGUUUAAGCAUAUUGUUUAAAUAUAAUUAUUGUUAGUAAGUUACAUUUCAAUGGUAUAUAAGCUGCAAGUAAAUAUAUGCAUAUAGAUAAUACAUGAUGAUUUAAGCGAAAUGUGUAUAUUAAUACGUGUAUUUAUCCUUAGACGAAUCGCGUGACCAUUUAUUAUGCAAAGGUCGAAAAUAUAAUGUAUAUUAUCACGAUAUAAAUAUCUAUUUAUACCAUUUAUGGUUGAAAAAAUUUAAGUUUUA